AGCCAUGGAAACUGGCAGCAUCCUCGCGCUGAUCAGCGGCUCAGAGCGCGCAUGGAAUUCAGCGUCUUCAAAAUGGCGAUAGGACGACCAGCACUCCUCCUGCUGCCGCUGCUCUGCUCGCUCUGUUGCAUCACAACAUUUGCUGUCAUACUCAGAACUACAGAUAAAGAUGUAUGGGCCAAUGAAUUUGAGCCAAUUGAAUUGACCUGCUUGAUAGAGUCCAUAUCUACAAACAACCCUAGAAUUGAAUGGAAGAAGAUUAAAAACGGGGUCCCCAGUUAUGUGUACUUCCAAAACAAAAUAUCAGGUGAUUUAGAGAACAGGGCGAUAUUGAGAGAGCCGGCAAACCUGCUGAUCCGGAAUGCCAGCAGAUCAGACAGUGCAUUGUAUCGCUGUGAGGUGGCUGCCAUCGAUGACCAGAAACCCUUUGAUGAAAUACUUAUCAGCCUGGCUGUGAGAGUGAAGCCAGUGGUGCCAAGAUGCAGUGUGCCAGAGUCCAUCACUGUGGGCUCGUCCACAGAGCUGCGGUGCGUGGAGAAUGAGGGAUACCCUCCAUCUCAGUACCAGUGGUUCCGCAACAGUGAGGAGCUGCCUGAAGACCCCAAAAGCAGCACCCGCUUCUCCAACUCUUCAUAUAUCAUGAAUACAGACACGGGCACACUGAAAUUUAGGAUAGUGAAGAAGGAGGAUGCAGGCGAGUACCACUGCCAGGCCAGAAAUGAGGCUGGCUACUCAAAAUGCGAGCCACAGCUUAUGGAAGUCUAUGAUCCUGAUAUCAUGGGGAUUUCCUUAAAGGUUUUGGCAGGAGUGGCUGCGCUCAUCUUUGUUACAGUGGGGCUCUGUCACGCUCAGAAACACGGCUACUGUUCCUGCAAGGACCACAGAGAAAACGAUUAUAAAGUCCCUCAACACAGCAGUCCAAUGGACUAUGUCAGUGCAGAUGAGGGGCAUUUCCGCCACAAGUCCUCUUUUGUCAUAUGAUUGGGAAGUGAAACCGAAGACACAAGAGAGCCACAAGCUUUGACUUUGUGAGCGUUGUGCCACACAUACGAGCUACCACAUUGUGCAUUUUUUUCAGAGGUGCGGAAACAUAUACUUCUUAGCUUGCCAAAGUUAUUAUCGAAACAGACAAUUAAAGUGUUACAAUCCUCUGGGGAAGUUUUACUCCCUUUAUUUUAAAGUUCAUAAAGGACUUUGAACCAGAUUUACUCAGCAACUCGCAGUCUGUACACUUUAUAAGAUCCUGUAUGAGACUGUCUUGUGAAUUACACUUGUAUUUGUAGAUAUAAAAAAAAUGUCCUGCCAAGAAAGAUGACAUAAGUUCGAGAAGGUUUAAAAGAAUGUUUUCUUAUGGAUAAAGUCAUGGAGCCGUAGUUCAAAACCCAUACAGCCACAGACAAAGUUUACAACCCAGCAGUCUUUCAAGAACAGUGAGCAUGAAUGAUGAGAUGACUGUAUGGUUGAAGAAUGUGCAGAGCAAAAGGCCAAGAAACUAUUGCGACACUAAAUUAAAGCACAGAUUGUGCUGAUUUGUGAAGCCUAAAUUACACUGAGCUUCUGCUGCAUCCUGCUACGUAAAACUGGCCAAACUGUCAGAGCACCACAGAGAAUGGUUCAAUCAGUUAGCACGCUAAAUACCACACUCUGUUCAGACACACUGAAUCUUGACUCAAGUCAAAGCCAGUGUGUUUGUGUGCGUAUACAAUGCCAUGCCAUGACUGUUUGACGUGGGUCACUUUUUGAUAUUACGGAUGUCGUGGGACGUUAUGUGUUGAUGUUUUAGUGCUAGUUGUAUAGGUUGUAAAUUAAGAUUUCGUUUGAGGUUGAAUCAAAAGUCUUUGUAAAGUCUAUAGACUUGGUUGUGCUAAACGACACAAACAUUAUUUCACUUCAUUUUUUGAAAUAAUCUUAUAGAUGCAGAUGAUGCACUUAAGGUUUGUUCAGAGUGUUUUCUCUGUUGAAGUGACCUUCUAUACUUUAUAAUUGUUUAUACAUAUAUUUUUGGACAUAUUGUCCAGGUUUUUUGACUGUGUUAUUGUUUUCAUCUGUUUUGUGGUAUGUGGUUGCAUUGAAGUACACUCAGAUGAACUUGCUGGAAAGAUUGUGGGCCAUGACAAAUAAAUAAUAGUAAGGGUUCAGUAAUUUCAAUUUUUUGUUGAUUUUUGGUAUUUUUGUCCCCGUACAUUCUAAUUGUUAAGUAUCAGACUAGAUAUUCCAUCACAGUAUUACUUAUUUCCCAGGAGGCUGUUUUUUCUAACUGUGAUCAGUGCACCUGAGACUUUGCCAACAACUGUAAUGUUGUAUAGCUUAGCUUUUCUACUCAAAAGAAGCUAUUAUCGACUGUUACCUUUUAAAGUUGUCUUACAUUGUUACGGUAAAACCAAUAAUAGUCUUCCAUCAUGGCACGUACCACUGUCUAAGAAGCAGCACUACAGACUGUUUGAUAUGAAUACGGUAAAUGAAUACUGUAAAUAUGCACCAAGAAAAGGAUUUUGGCCUGUGUUCAGUCAGUGCAGUGUGGAUAUUUCUAAAAUUGGACUUUUCGAGCUUCAACCAAAUCCGCCGUGUUGUUCAUACCACAACAUACAACUAUGGUAUGUUUGAUCUAUUCAUGUUGGAGUUUCUAUUGGAGAAUAAGCUUGAAUAUGCAUGACUAAGUAGAAUGAUGCCAGAUGAAUUACUUAAAACACAUGCUUACAGUUAUUUAUUAAGAACAUAGAAAUCUAUAUAUACAGUAUAUAAUCUCACCACAACUGCCUGUUUGAUACUAAAAGAUUUUGGUGUGUAUUACCAGAGUAUUAGAAUAUUUAUCACCCUCUUCUUAACCACUGUGUGCCAGUUUUAUGGACCAUACUGGUAAAGUUGGAUAUGCUGCUUGAUAUUGCAUAUUUGGCCUAAAAGGUGCAUUAUCGGCCAAAUCCAUUCCACAGUUAUUUCAAUCAUUUAUCGAUUUGAAACAAUAAACACUACAACAAAAGAUAGUGUGACAUUCCAGUACAAUUAAAUGUUGAAUGUGCAUCAUUUAACUGUGUAACAAAAUCACAAGCUCAGCUGUUGUCUGGUUAAUUUUGUCAGUAAUGUGUAUUAUUUCAUGUGCUGUUAGAAGAAAAAAACAGUUGUAUCAUAAUAUAUAGGCCUACGAAUAGCAUUAAACCAUUGUAAAACUAAUAUGUAUUCAGUCUCUGUACAGUCUAAUUCUAAUAUUACUCAGGAACUGUUUAAAAGAAGUGGCCGUUUCUGUAUGUUGUGAAAGCUUAAGUUUUCCUUUUAUUUUCAUUUUAAUAAUAAAGACAUUAUUGUAUUUGAA